GUAAUAGGACCACGUCGAUCCUCAACAGCCAGACUGGAGGCUUCAGCUCAGCCGAGCGGACCUGGCCAGGCUGCCCGGGUCUUCACUGACCAGCAGCAGCCUCUCUGCCGCAUUUUCUGGGGCGAAACCAGGCUGUGGGACACUGCAGCUCAUGUGUAUUUACCCACCCGUGUAUAUGUGGGCAUAAGGACGGUAGUACCGAGCGAUGUCUGCGCCGGGUUUCACAAACCUGAACAGCUCCGUCAGCUACAGCCAGAACUCGACACCGAACGGUGGAGCUGCGCCCCCCUACCAGAAUGGACCAGCACAGCCAUACCAAUCCAUGUAUCCACCUACAGGCUGCUAUGGAGCCCCACCUCAACAACAGAGCUACCCCACCAUUCCUGCCCACUCCCCUCCUGCUCCCAACAAAGCACCCAUCACGAACAGUGCCCACAGUGCUAACUACUACCAGAGCAACCAUCAGCAACAACAGCAGCACCAUCACCUUCCUCAGCAUCAUGUAGCACCCUCCCCAUACAGUGCUCCCUCCAUCUCUGCCCCUCCAUCUCAGCCAUAUGCCACCCUCCCCUCUUCAGGACCACCACCAUCAAAUGCCCAGUACAACCAGCAGCAGCAUCAUCCACCAUAUGCCACUCCAGGAUCCUACUACGGACAGCAGUCGUACCACACCCCCCCAGCACAGCACUCUCAACAGCAGCAGCAUCCCAGUUUGGUGCCUGCGCCCGCUGGUGGCCCUGGAGCUCCCCUCUACCCAAUUGUUUCUUACCCGUCUGCGCCAGGAAGUAGCCAGUACGGCACCCUGAGUUCCUCCCAGAGCACCUCCAUGCCUGGAGUCAUGCCCACCCAGAUGGGUGCACCCCUACAUCAGUACAGCACCUCUCGGCCAGCCUCAACAACAGCGGUGCAGCCUGGGUACAGUGUGGCUCCUCCUAGUCAGCUGGCACCAACAGUCAAUGGUCAAGGAAGCACAGCCGCCAAAACGUCAGUCCACCAACACUAUGACCAAAGCCACCAGGCUUCUCUGAGCUAUGACUCCUAUGGCGGGGUCAGUCGCAGCAGUGGUGGAGCAGACGCAGACCGACUGCCCUCAGGAACCCCUUCCACUUCAGUCCAUUCCUCGCCGGGCCGCCACCAAGGCAUGCAGUAUGGAUAUGUUGCUAAUAGUGGAGCUAGCUCUGCCUCUGCCACCACCUCAGGCCCAGCCGCAGCCCCCUCGUCAUCCAGCUCUGAUGAUGAGGAGGAGGAGGAGGAGGAGGAGGAUGAGGAAGCAGGUGGUGACACGUCCUCUUCCACUACUGGCAGUGCCUCUCCGGUGCCCAACAGCUAUGAUUCCCUGGAAGGGGGCAACUAUCCAGAUUCCAUGAUGCCUCCCAGCGAUAUGACCAACCAGGCCGUGCCCUAUGGUAGCUAUGGUUACCCCAGCAUGCAGCCAGCCUAUCGGCAGGGGCUGGCCUCCCACACUGACUCUUCCCCCUCUCAUGACUUGUAUGGCAAGUCGAGCUACCAGCAGUCCUCCCAGCCAUUCCCAAACCUGUCCCAGCUGUCUGCAGCCCUGGGGGGGCUGAGCGGGGUGCCAGAGCUGGAAUUGGAGGCUCUGAGCCCAGUCAACCUGCUGCAGGAGAGAAACCUGCUGCCCCCCAGGCCCCUUGAACCCCCCGAACCCAACCUCAGCUCCGACCUCAAGAAGGUCAACUGUAGUCCACAGACAUUCAGGUGUACCCUGACCAGCAUCCCCCAGACCCAGGCUUUACUCAACAAGGCCAGGCUCCCUCUGGGCCUCCUCCUCCACCCCUUCAGAGACUUACAGCAGUUACCAGUGAUCACUUCGAACACGAUUGUGCGCUGUCGCUCCUGUCGCACCUACAUCAAUCCGUUUGUCACCUUCCUGGACCAGCGCAGGUGGAAGUGCAACCUCUGUUAUCGGGUCAAUGAUGUUCCAGAUGAGUUUAUGUACAACCCAGUCACCAGAUCAUAUGGCGAACCCCAUAAGAGACCAGAGGUCCAAAACCCAACUGUGGAGUUCAUUGCCUCCUCAGACUAUAUGUUGCGACCCCCUCAGCCAGCGGCCUACCUGUUUGUUCUCGAUGUGUCUCACAAUGCUGUGGAAGCGGGCUACCUUAAGUACUUCUGUGAAUUACUACUGGAGAACCUGGAUAAGUUGCCUGGGGAUACACGCACCAGGGUGGGCUUCCUCACCUUCGAUAACACCAUCCACUUCUACAACCUCCAGCAGGGACUGUCCCAGCCGCAGAUGCUGGUGGUGUCGGACAUAGACGAUGUCUUCAUACCGUCUCAUGACAGUCUAAUGGUGAACCUAAAGGAAAGCAAAGAGCUGGUGAAUGACCUGCUGACGUCGCUGCCGGCCAUGUUCAGCCAGAGCAGGGAGACCCACAGCGCCCUCGGCCCGGCGUUACAAGCCGCCUUCAAGCUCAUGUCGCCCACUGGGGGCCGCGUCACAGUGUUUCAGACCCAGUUGCCGACUCUGGGUGCCGGUGCGCUGCAGUCGAGGGAAGACCCCAACCAGCGCUCGAGCACUAAGGGAGUUCAGCACCUCGGCCCAGCCACAGACUUCUAUAAGAAACUCGCCCUGGACUGCUCAGGUCAACAAAUUGGGGUGGAUCUUUUCUUGCUCAGCUCCCAGUAUGCCGACCUUGCCUCGCUAUCAUGUAUCUCCAAAUAUUCAGCGGGCAGCAUCUUUUACUACCCCUCCUUCCAUUACAUCCACAACCCGGCUCAACUGGAGAAGUUCCAGAGAGAUCUGGAGCGCUACCUCACCAGGAAGAUCGGCUUUGAGGCGGUCAUGAGAAUACGAUGCACUAAAGGUUUAUCCAUCCAUACGUUCCAUGGUAACUUCUUUGUGCGCUCCACCGACCUGCUGUCCCUGGCCAAUGUGAACCCAGACUCUGCCUUCGCUGUCCAGAUGUCAAUUGAAGACUCUCUGGCAGACUCGUCUCUGGCCUGCUUCCAGGCUGCUCUGCUCUACACCUCCAGUAAAGGAAAAAGGCGAAUCCGGGUCCAUACUAUGUGUCUGCCGGUGGUCAACCAGCUGAGUGAUGUGUAUGCCGGAGCUGAUGUUCAGGCCAUCACUUGUCUGCUAGCCAACAUGGCUAUCGACCGGUCGAUAUCGUCCAGCCUGUCAGAUGCUCGUGAUGCCCUGGUGAAUGCGGUGGUCGAUUUGGUCAGCGCCUACAAGAGCAACGUGUCAAACCUGCAGCAGUCCGGCCUCAUCGUUCCUGCUGCCAUGCGCCUCUUCCCCGUUUACAUCCUCUCCCUGCUCAAACAGAAAGCCUUGCGGACAGGCACCAGCACGCGGCUGGACGAGCGGGUCUUCGCCAUGUGCGAGUUCAAGACGCAGCCGCUGCAGCAGCUGAUGCGGAUGGUUCAUCCUGACUUGUACAGGCUGGACAACAUGUCUGACCAGGGGGCGCUCCAUCUGAAUGACACAGUUGUUCCCCAACCUCAUCUGCUCCACCUGUCUGCUGAGAGGUUGAGCAGAGAUGGAGCUUUCCUCAUGGACUGUGGCAACGUGUUUUAUCUGUGGAUUGGCAAAUGCUGCAACGAGAUGUUCAUCCGAGAUGUUCUGGGCUGCCCCAACUAUGCUUCAGUACCCCCCAACAUGAGUCACAUUCCUGAGCUGGAGACUCCUCUGUCUGAGAGAGUGCGAGCAUUCCUCGACUGGCUGCAGGACAACAGAGCGUUCAGCUCCAUGAUACACGUCGUCAAGGACGAUGCUUCGACUAAAGCUAGUUUCUUCCAGCACCUGGUGGAGGAUCGGUCUGAGUCGGCUUCUUCCUACUAUGAAUUCCUGCAGCACAUUCAGCAGCAAAUGUCCAAGUAGGCUCCCAUCAUACAGAGAGAAACUUUGGCCGGUAGAGUCCUCAAACCAGAGCGAGAAAAGGAUUUCGGCCUCGUAGAGUGAAAACUAGCGUUAGCCAGUGACGGACACCCAUCGCUCCUUCAGACCUGUUUUAGCGAGGUGGGUUACCUCCUGUUCCUCCUAAACAGUCUUAUUAAACAAAUCCACUCUCGAAGCUCAUUGGUCAGCUGGGAUUUGACCAUCAGAAGGGGAGGAGGGGAUAGCUGUAGAAAAGAAUAAAGAAUUACAGAACAGAGAUUUGUUCCACUUUAAAAAUGAAUUAUUGAAAACGCUCCUCCAGCGUCUCCUUGCUGCCUCUCAACAACUGUCAAACCCCCGUUUAGCCUCUCGUCAAACCCAUCGCUCCUGUGAAAAGAAGAGGAAAGUUGAGCCAAGACAAUGCCACUUCAACACGUUUUAGUUUGAUUUGUUUUUGGGAGCCUCGUAUGUAGCUAGUGCUGUCUUUUUUGUUUUGUUUUAUUCUAUAAUUUGUUCCCCUCCUCACUCCCUCAGUUUUAUUUUUAGACUUUUUUUGAAUACACUGGAGAACAGAAACAAGCAUUCCUUCUGUUGUUUUUCGGCACGUGCUUUGAAAUACGAAAUGCAUGUCACCGUUUUAUUUGCUGCUAGACUGAGGAUAGACGACAACCGUCUGUGUAACAGGAAUAUAACAACAGUGGUUGGAUGUUGAAAACCCCCAUGUUGGCUCCCUCUUCUCUCCUCCACUGUGUCAACUCCUGAUUUGUCGAGAUCAAACUUCCCCACUGUCAACAAUCUUUUUCUCAUUUGUUUUAUUUUUUCCAGGCGCUAACUGAAGAUGCUAUCCACUUUGUAACUAUUGAAAAGAAUCUUUUAUGUGCGAUAAUUUAUGAACCAGCUUAUUAAAUAAAAAACAAAAACAGAA